UACGUUCAAUUAAAUUUGUAACCUCGAAACGUGUAUUCAGAAAGUUGCAUAUCGAACAAAAUAUUUCAAAAAGUACUAUAAAUGUUGGAAGUAUAUGUCGAUUUGAUUAUUUUUCAGAAUAUAGAUUGCCUUUUCUUCUUACCUAUAUAACAUUUAUAACCAAUACUGGUAAAAGUAAAAUAGUGUUUGCCAAACUAUUCGUUAUAAAUAUUCUUAACGUGUAUUAUUUUCAUCGUUAUAUUGUAACGUACAUACAUUUAAUGCGACAUUUUAAUCCAUUUAAAGGGCCAGCUGUUUUUACAAAUUAAAGAAAAUGGAUAACUCGAUAAAAUUGAUUAUUCAUAGAGGCAACACAAUUUUCGACAGUGUUAUUGUUACACCUUAUUCUGCAAUUAGAUACGAACAAAAAUUACGAGAAAAGAACGUUAUAGAUCGAACGGAUGCUAAUAUAAAUAAAUGUAACGAAAAUAAUAUUGUAGAAAUAAAUAGAAUUCGUUUAAAUAAAAGAGGAUAUAGUGCUUAUCUUCUAUCAGCGUAUGUUGUAACAAUAAUAAAGUCACAGACGUAUCGUAGAGCUGUGUUUAGAAAAUUGUCACAAUAUUUAGCGUACAAGUUUUCGAAUAACAUAAAUUUAGCGAUAAUCUUAAUGAAAUUACGUACACCAAAGAAACAAUUCUUAGAUUACAAUUGGAAUGAAAGGAUAACACGGAUGGCAUUAGAAAGGAAAGAAAUCAAUCAUGCUAUGUCUUGUUUAUCUACUUUAGGUGGAGCCUUCUCUGCUUUAGGAGACAAAUUUCAACAUUGCGCAGAAGUAGCAAGAAAAAUUUCUACAAAGCAGUUUAUAUUAGCACUCCGCCUCGAAGAUCCUCUUAUGGUCGCUCGUUGUAAAUUAUAUAUUGCUUUAAGUUUAAUUCAGCAAGGGCAGUUAAAAAUUUCAAGAAACAUAGUAAGAAGUAUUUAUAAAUUUUCAAUCGAAAAAAAUGAUACUCGGUUGCAAAAUAUGUGUUUAGGUAUAUGGGCUAAACUCAGAUAUUGUUAUUCAAUGCGAAAAAAACAACAAACAUCUAUAGUAAUAAUCAAAUAGGCAAUCUUAA